CCGCCACACGUUCCGCUUCGCAGAGGAUUCCUCACGAAGACCACGAGAGCAACGAUGAGGUCGCCGAAGGCAGCGCCCGAGGACGAGCUCCACCACCGACCUCCGGCGGCCGGCGCCACGCCGCCCCCGGCGCAACAGGCGGCCGGGAGACGCAAGGGCACCGCGAGCCGGGCGUGGCUGGUGGUCUCGGACUGCGGAGCGUAUCUCGAAGAGGUCGGGAAGCACUCGAUCAUGCGGCGGACGGGGCUCCCGGCGCGGGAUCUGAGGGUCCUGGAUCCCCUGCUCUCCUACCCGUCGACGAUCCUGGGGAGAGAGAGGGCUAUCGUGAUCAAUUUGGAGCACAUCAAAGCCAUCAUCACCGCCACCGAGGUGCUCAUCCCCAAUUCCAAGGAUCCCAUGGUCGCCCCCUUCGUCCAGGAUCUCCAAUCCCGGGUCUCCAGUUCCUACGGCGCUCCCCAGCAGGCUGCAGAGUCCAGUGAUGUGGAUGGAGAGGCUAUGGCUAAAGAUGCAUCAAUGGGAAUAACUAAACAGAAUAAUAUGUCAGCUGGUGAAACUCCAGAAGGCAGCCCUACGAACCCAAUGGAUGCAUGCAAACAUGGUGGAACUAAGGUGCUACCUUUCGAGUUCAGGGCACUUGAAGUCUGCCUUGAGUCUGCUUGCAGGUGCCUUGAAUCUGAGACAUCGACUCUAGAGCAAGAAGCAUAUCCUGCUUUGGAUGAGUUGACCUCAAAAAUCAGUACACUUAACCUUGAGCGUGUUAGACAAAUCAAGAGUCGUUUGGUUACAAUUUCAGGGCGUGUGCAGAAGGUGAGGGAUGAACUUGAACAAUUACUAGAUGAUGACAUGGAUAUGGCUGAGAUGUAUUUAUCAGAGAAGCUUGCUCAACAACGAAUUGGUGAAUCUUCAUCAAGAGUUGAUAUAGACCAUGAUUCAUUUGAAGUGGAGGAGGAUAGGGAUGAAGAUUUCAAAGACGAGACAGAGUAUAGCCAUGGAAGUUUAGGCUGUUUUAAACCCAACAUUGAGGAAUUGGAGAUGCUUCUAGAGGCUUACUUUGUGCAGAUUGAUGGCACUUUGAACAAACUAUCCCAUUUGAGGGAGUAUGUCGAUGACACUGAAGAUUAUAUCAACAUCAUGCUGGAUGAGAAACAGAAUCAACUGCUGCAGAUGGGAGUCAUGCUGAGCACUGCAACCAUGGUACUCACUGCUGGCGUUGUAGUAGUCGGUUUAUUUGGUAUGAAUAUCCAAAUUGAUCUCUUUAAUGCUCCCGCUCCCUCCAUCAAAUUCUGGGAGACCACCUUUGGCACCAUAGGUGGCUGUAUUGUUCUAUAUGUCUUUGCUAUUGGAUGGGGCAAGAAAAGUGGACUACUGCAAUAAUAUCACAGUUUUUGAGGGAGCAUAUAGCUCAGACAGAAGGUGCUUUUCACUUGUAACUUUGAGACCGUGUUGGAAACACCAACAGGAUGGCCAAUUAAAAAAAUAAGCUCUUUGUCCGAUGAUUGAUGGUUCAAUUACAGUUUCUCCCAGAAAAAUGAUGAAGGAUUAUAUAGGUUCAUAAAUUUUUACCUUGUGUUGUAUCUGAACAUUUAAGUAGUAUAAUUAACGGAUGUAAUUACUGGGCUUGUUGUGAGACUUCAAAUUAAUGAUUGUGUUUUAUUCUGCUGUUCAUUGAUUUA